UAAAGUAAUGCUGUUGAGAGYUUAGAAUCUAUGCGUUUAGCCCUACAAACAUAACUCGUGCGAUCAGGCUGUUGAAAUGUUGAUCCUGCAAGUCUACAGGUGGAGUGUUUGUUUAGCUCAAUGCAAAAUGGUGCGCAAAACAUUUGUAAUAUUCUUUUGCCUGUUUUAUUUCGUUUCAAUAGCGAAUACCAGCAAAAUAAGUUAUCUUUUCAUGUGGCGAGAAGAUGCAUGUUCUUCUAUAUGGGACCGCCCGCGUCAUACUUCAUUGGUGCCCCCUAGUGAAAUUCAAUUCGAGAAUUGUACAUAUWCUGGUAGCCGACAUCACGUCAUACCAUUUGAGAUUCUGCGUAAUUUUUUUAAUUCUGCCUUGCGACAAGCCAGUGAAGCGUCGCGCGUCGCACGAUACUUAGCAGCAUAYAUUUUUUCAAUAGCGGAACAAUAUAUUGCCAAUGGUGAAUCUAUACAGCAUCAAAAUCCGAUAGCUAUAGACGUUCCAGUGGUGAUCGUCAUUGAUCCAUUGGAAGAAAUGUUUGCAGCACUUACAUGGUUACCCGGAAAUAUAUUUAUAGGGCCACCAGCGAAUAUUCGUCACCAUGACAAUCCCCAGAAUCAGAGUGGCGGAGAUCCCGGUAACGCAUUCGAGCAGUACGCAAAUAGAAUAAUCAGGGACGACACACACUUUACUGCUCUACAAAAUCUCAAUCGCGAUAUGCGACUUUAUAUGAAUAAUACUUCAGAUGUAAAUUUGUUUCAUCAAAUAAUGACCAAUUUAGAUAUUGUCAACAGAAGAACUACACCUUUUCCAUUCGAUGCACAGGAUUGGGAAAUAGUUAAUGGAAAGUUUUACAUUCGCGACAAACAUAGAGAGAAACGAUCUAAAAACCAAAUCCCACAACCGCCAAUCGCAUACAACAYGGAGCCAUCAACUAAUGAUGAUCCYUUCGAUUAUUAUGUUGGAUUCUGUAGARCGGUAAAGCGAAAAUUAACGGCCAGUCAUUUUUCGUCGAUCAAUAAAAAGUACAUAGAAGUGGGCGAAAGGAUGACAUUUGAUUGUCACAAAAAUACCUUCAUUAUAGUAAAACAAGCCACCUUAGGUACCAUGCCUUGGCCACUCAUUGCUUUCUCGUUGGGGCUAGCAUGUCUCAGCGGUGACUGCGUAGAGCGAGACGGAACCGAAGGAAUAAAAAAGUUGUGUGACAACAAGAGGUCAUGCCAAUUUUCUUAUAGAGACACAGACGGUUUGGGUGUAGAUGUGGAAUAUUACUGUGCGGACGUAUUGACACCUCUAAGAGAAAGAGAAGAAUUACAGAGACCUUAUCGCUUUAGUUCGAGCGAAUUUGAACUUAACUGCCCCUUGGAUUAUACAAUUCGUAUUAGUAAAGCAAUAAGACGCUAUUCGGGUAUUUUUCUGCAUUGUGCUAUUGAUGAUUGCACAGAAAMGGAUAUUACACCAAUUUUGCGUGAAAAAUGCGACGGAGAAAAUCCAUGCAAAAACACACUCGACGAUUGGGGCUURCAACCAAUAACCGUAGAUUUUUCUUGCAUACCAAAUCCAUCCAUGUUUGUGUGAAUGAUUGAAUGUUUACGAAUAUAAUAUUGGGUAAAAGUUGCUAAAUCGGAAAUAUGAAAUUUGGGCUAUAAGCGUUACACCAAUGGAGACACCAGUUUCUACACUCCAACCAUUGUACUAUUUUCAAAUAUAAAAUAAUCUUCAAAGAUUAUAUUAAAACAUAUAUUUAACCGAUUAAAUGAUGUUUUCAGAAUGUAAA